AUGUGUUCUCCUACUGGAGAUUAUGUUCUCCUCCUGGAGGAUAUGUUCUACUCUGAAGGAUGUGUUCUCCUACUGGAAGAUAUGUUCUCCUACUGGAGGUGGAGAAUCUGCAAGUCAUCCAGCAAGGCCGUCAGUCUGAUUACAGACAACGUCUGUCAGUGUUGGGCAAGUCUCUUUGACGUAUUCUAUGGAAUUCCAUAUGCCAAGCCUCCUGUAGGUGAUCUCCGCUUCAAAUACCCUCAGCCUUCAGAGUCAUGGGGACCGGAAGUUAGAGAUGCACAAAACCCGACGCCAUCUUGCUUCCAACCAAAAAAUGCUCAUGGCACUGAUGAAAGUUACAAACAGAUGCCCGAUGAUUACAGUGAAGACUGCCUUCACCUUACAGUGUGGGCGCCAUCAGCCAAUGCUGGCAAUCUGGCAGUCAUGGUCUGGAUCCACGGCGGAGCUUUUUAUAUUGGAUCUACAAGACUGCCACUGUAUGAAGGAAAAUACAUUGCAGCAGAGAAUGACGUCAUCGUUGUUUCAAUGAAUUACAGAUUGGGGCCUCUAGGGUUCAGUUACCUUGGUCCAGAUACCAUCCCUGGAAAUAUGGGCUUGGUGGAUCAAAGAUUAGCCUUACAGUGGGUGAAAGACAAUAUUGCCAACUUUGGUGGAGAUCCAACCCGAGUCACCAUAUUUGGAGAAAGUGCUGGUGGUGCAAGUGUAGGUCUACACCUGGCAUCACCUUUGUCACGUGACCUGUUCGACAGAGCAAUCACACAGAGUGGGACCCUCACUUGCCCGUGGGCUUACACUUUUCCCAACACAGCAAAACAGAAACUGAAGAGAUUUGCCAAUCUCCUUGAAUGCCCUUCAUCUUCAACUGAUACAGAGAUAUAUGAGUGCUUGAAGACAGCAGAUGCACAAACUAUGGCAGACCUUCAGCUAGGUUUGUUCGAUGAAGGAAUUCCAUUUCGUCCAGUUGUGGAUGGGAACUUCCUCCCCGAUGACCCCAAAACUCUUCUGUCCACUGGCUCCAUCAAGCAGACCAGUGUAUUGCAUGGUUUUACAAAGAACGAGAUGACUCUGUUUUCUGCACUGACAUUGAAGCAGAUGAGAAAAGUAUCUGCAUUACCGGAAACAUUGAUUUUAAGUCGCACAGAAUAUGAAAGUCUUAAGUUUAGCAUUGGGAAAUGUGGACGGAAUCGAAGAACCUCUUCGCCUCUUUUAUGA